UCUGCCUCUGCCUCCCGAGUGCUGGGAUUAAAGGCGUGUGCCAUCGCCGCCCAGCUUUUUUUCUUUCUUAUGGUCAUCCUUAGGGUCACUCUGUUCCCCACCACCACCAAGCCCGUGUAGCUCAGCCCCCUCUGCCUCCCAAACACCAAGGUUCCCGGUGUGUGGUGUGUGCCCCCUGCCAGGCUGCCUCUGUUGCUGCUGCUGUUUGGGGGCCAGGAUCUCGCUCUGUAGCCUGAGCUGGCCUCAAACUCCUGACGAGCUACCACACUGUUUUACCGUUUUACGAGGUGCUGGGGAUCAGGCCCAAGCUUCCUGCGUGCUGGGCAAACACACUCCCAAAAGAGCCACGUCUCCGGGUGCUCCCCUUUCCCCUCAUUCCGCUCUCAGCCAGGAGUGAGGGCUUCCACAGUCCCAGGCUUCUUUCACCCAGCUUCCCUCGCUCUGGCUCCAGAUCACUUCAGUUUUAAAGGGCCCUAAAGCGAGGCCCUUUUUCCCUGUGCCUAAGUCACACUGUGCUGUAUCCCAGGGACUUUCCUGUCGCCCACUUGCUGCUGGGGCCAGGACCUGCUGGCUGCUGUCUGUCUGUCCUGGUCCCUGUCUGACAGGGAGCCUGGCCAGCACUAGAUACUAGGCUGAGAAUCUGCCCUGGGUUAGCCUCAAACAUCCCCUGGGCACAGGCUGAGGCUGGGGCUGAACCACUGUCCUUGGCAAGGAAGGGCCCUGCACUCUCCCCGAUAAAGCCUCUCCAGGGGCAAAACCAGUGGAAACAUCCCAGAUUGAGUAGGCCUGUCUUCCUCUUUGUCAGCCUCUCCUGACCACUAUAAAUCUAGACAGGUGUGUGUACCCACGUGUGCACACACACGUGCACACACAGGCUGGAGCUGCAUUUGGCUCACACACUGGCCAGGUCUUUCCUACAGGCCCUGGCCAAUGCUCUAGCCAUACUGUGCAGGUGACAGCCCUCUGGCUCCGGGGCCCAUCUGUCAGCCAGUCACCCAUGGGUAGCCUCUGUGGGUAACAAAGCUGGAGCUGAACCUCUGGAAUUUUCUCCACGUGGGACCCACAGAGUGGGAUGAUUGAUGGAACUCAUUAUAUAGCUUGGUCCUGUCCACCCACCCUGCCCCAGCCCACAACAUACACACCCAGAGAAUAAGCCAUUACAGGGACUAUCCACAGGCUCCGCUAAAUGGAUUCCUACCCCUGCUAACAAAAUUAAUAACGUGGUGUGCCCUGAACCUAGCAGGGCCCCAAAUAUGCCACUGCCUGGGUUGCUGGGGUUUCAGAUCAUAAAAUAUGUCAAAGCAGGGCCAAGAGCAGAGUUGUUGCUAUGGCAACUGAGGUAAGCCAGGCUUUUCCUGGUACCCAGCAGACCAAGUCACCUGGCACUGUUUACAUCUAGCUCUUGCUAGUCCCCACACCAGGUCCUUGGAUAACUGCCGCUUCCUGCUUUAUCUUUUACCCAGCGCUCCAGGGCUGAAUGACACAGAGCGUUUGGAGCCGUCUCGGUGACAGCAGAUGGGAUUUCACAAGGACAGAUGUUUGCAAGAUGACCAGGUUCAGGGAGGCAGGAAGAGAUAGAGACCCUUCCUGGAUAGCGUCAAAUCAGUCCUGAGGGGGUGAGGCUGUUUCCCUUGAGAUGGAGACCUCUUUGCCCCCACAUACCUCAGGCUAACAGCCUGGAGAGCUGCCGGGGUCCUGCCGUCCACACUACCCAAUCUCACUUGGGGGCUCUAGAGUUGAGGCUGUGGCUUCCAUGUCCAGCUUUCUGUGCAUCCCGAGGACCCAGCUCAAGUCACAAACUUGCAAAAAUGCUUUAUCCGCAGGGCUGCCUUCCAGGGCCUACCAGCUGGACUUUGAGCUUUUCUCCUGCCCUGGGUGGGGCUCUGGCUGGCUGGGAAGCACCUGGGCAGGCCCCAGGCACUCGAUGCCCAUACGGAUGAUGAAUGUCGGUACUGGGUAUCUGCCCUCAAUGCGGCGUUUGGAAAGGUGUUCAGUUGCCCAGUUUCAAAGAUCAUGGCAAGUAAUUUCUCCAGUAUUCCAGAUUACAGGUGGGCCCUGGGCCUCUGCUUGGGCCGCCCUUGGACUAGCCUGAGAAAAAGACCCAAGUUCUUCUGCUUCUGUUUACUUGUAAGAUGGGCCUUUUCUUCUCUAUACCUUCAGCUUUCCCCACGGGGAUUUUGUUUGUCACAGCGCUGGGGGGUCACCGUGUCUACAUAGGCCCCACUGCUUGUCAACUACGCUGUGACCGACUGCACCGUACCACUCCCUGCCCCUCGAUCUGUACCAGUGUUCCUAGUGUGGAAAAACAAAAUAUCCAAGGGGCUGGGAGAUAGGUCGGUUGGCGGAGUCCUCGCUGUGCAAGCCUGGUGGCCCGUUUGAUCCACGUAAGAGUGGGAUUCAUGGCAUGUGUCAUAAUCCCAGUACAGUAUAGCAAGAUAUAAAUAUAUACAACUACCACUAGCCGGGCAGCGGUGGCACACGCCUUUAAUCCCAGCACUUCGUGACGAGGCCAGCCUGGUCUACAGAGUGUGUUCCGGGACAGCCAAGGCUACAAAUAACUAGCUUUGAAGCUUCCAGGCCAGCGUGCCCCGAGUACACGGCACAGUGGCAGAAAGAGACCCUGCUUCAACCAACUUCCCAAAGUUGUCCUCUGACCUACACACACAGGCAACCUGCACAACACACAUAAUAUAUUUAAGAAGCUGGGCGUGGUAGCAUGCACUUGUAAUCCCAGUGUGGGGUAAGUGGAGUCGGACAGAUCUCUGGGGCCUCCUGGCCAGCUAGCCUAAUCUAUUAGCCAAGUUCCAAGCGGGUCAGCCUGUCUCAAAAACAAGGGGGCUGGCUCCUGUUGAUACCAGAGGUCGUGCUCUGGCCUCCGCAGCCAUGUGCACUCACGGUGUGUGUACGCAUAUGCAGUCUGACCCCACCCUAACCUCUGAGGAUGCAAAGGGUCACGAGGCAUCUCUCACAGAAACCUGGCUUCUGUGACCACAGCCGCUGUCAGGUUCAGGUCAGCAUUUUGACUUGGUGGUGAGGGGAACUUUGAAGGUGUCCCUGAGAAAGGACCGCUUCUUUCAGUGGCAUCCAAGUAGAACGCAGAGGAGUCGGGUGGGUACGGGGCGUGACCAGGGACCCGUCUACUCGUGUCCCUGUCCUGGGACAUCCAAUCGCCCCAAACUCUUUGAGGAACCGCAGUUAGAAGCUCUGCAGCGGUCAGCAGCCAUGCUCUCUGGAUGACUCGGGAGCAAAGGCACACAAAUCACCUCUGGGUGGGAAGGAGAGGGACACUCCGGGUAGAGGCUGAGCGGGUGGCUCCGGCCUGGGGAGCUGGUGCCGUAGUCGGGAUGGCCCGCUAGGCCGCUCUUCUAAUCCCUCGUCCCAUCUCUACCAAGCACAGCCGCUUCUGCACCCUGGUAUCCGGCGUUCGGGAUUGCCCGAGGCCGCCCCAGGCCGUACUCCUCCACCCCCAUAUCCCGUCAGCUGAUUGGUGGAGAGGCCCGCACACUCCCCGCCCCUGCGAAAGUUCGGUCCCAGCGGUGCAGGGCUCCUACUCUAGCCGGUGGGUCCCAAACUCAGAUUCCGGCGCUCGGGCGUGGGAGGGUUAACUUGAAGGGGUGGAGACUCCAGCAGCGAGACUGACCAGCUGGGUCAGCUUUCCUUAGACCUGGGAGUCCUGGUGUCACUGGCCACCGGGACACACUCCCGCUGGUGCGCAGGCUCCCUGUGCACCAGACUCCAAGGCGGGAGAGGGCGUGGGGAGAUGCAGGGUCACUAGACCGUUGCCAUCUCCCAGGUCUCUGCUACUCGUCCCCAGCCGGUGGUGGCUCAGGGGACCCGAUCCGAAUCGGUCCUUCCGAGGGCGCUUGGCUGCCUUUGGCUGGAGAUGAAGCCGGCAGGUUCGGGCCCCACAGCGGGUCCCACGGUCUCCCCCGGGGCCGAGUCCACCGACGCGUCCCUUGGCCCGCCGUUUCCCUGGCCCUGCCCACCCGACGUGCGGCUCUGUGGCCACCUGCGGAAGCAGAAGUCCCAGCGCCGCCGCUUCUUCGUCCUGCGCGCGGACCCUCCGCGCCUGGAGUGCUACGAGAGCGAGAAGAAGUUCCUGGCCGGCGGCUGCCGCCCGCCGCGACCCCGGCGCAGCGUGAGCCUGGAGGGCGCCUGCACCAUCAGCAAGCGCGCCGAUGCCCGCCAGCGCCACCUGAUCGUCGUCUAUACCAGCGACAGCAGCCUGGGCGUCGCGGCGGCCAGCGAAGUGGAGCAGCAAGUGUGGUACAGCGCCCUGCUGGAGGUGCGCGCCUCCGCCGCUGCGGCUGCCGCCACGGCUAUGGGUCUCAGUCCCCGAGAGGCCCCCGAGUCUUGGAUCUUCGCCCCGUUCCAGGACGUCUGGCCUGUGACACUGAGGUCCAAGGGGCUGGGCCGAGCACGAGGCCUGAGCAGCGGCAGCUAUCGCCUGUGCCUGGGCUCUGGGUCCCUGAGCCUCCUGCGGAAGCCAGGAAGCAAAGGCUCCAGAGACAGCCGGGCAUCGCCACCCCCGGCCCUGCGCCUGUCCUUGCUCAGCGUGCGCCGCUGCGGCCAUGCGGACUCCUUCUUCUUCCUGGAACUCGGGCGCUCGGCGCCCACGGGUCCCGGGGAGCUGUGGAUGCAGGCGCCUGAUGCAGUGGUGGCCCAAAGCAUUCACGAGACCGUCCUGGCUGCCAUGAAGAGGCUGGGGAGCAGUGGAAGCAGUGGGAAGGACGAGCCACCGUCCGGAGAGCCUCCCAAGAGUGCUUCUGCAGCCCCUGCCCCGGCACCGUAUGAAACCCCUACUUCUGCAGCGCAACCACGAAGCCCCGGUGAGAGAGAAAAGCAGGACUACCUCAAGGCCUUGGAAAGGCUGGGGCCCGCCCCCUCCUACAAGGGGCUAGAUCUGGAUGGGGACUAUAUCGCCAUGGGAGUCAGGGAUGACUACGUGCACAUGGGGGGAGGAGAGGCUGGUGACUACAUGUGGAUGGCACCCCCAGGCCUUCCUCCCACCCCUGCCAGGGUAGCUCUGGGCAAGUCGCUUCAGGAUUCUGAGGGCACAGAAUACAUGCCCAUGAACAGAUUCUUACCAGGGCCUUUGUACUACGAGCUCAAGGCCAGGGAUCCUGAACCUGGGCAUCAGGGUUUCCCCCGCAGCAUUAGGGACAGAUGGGGACCCACAGAGGCUCAGGCCCACUCGUCCCAACGUUCAGAACUAUCUGGGGACUACAUGUACAUCCCAGACUAUGUAGGAAUGAACAGUGUUAAGCCAGGAUCUCUGGACAACUGCCUCAACUACGUGGACCUGGACCUAGUGCCCCCCUUGGAGGUGCCCGGAGCAGCCCCCCGGGAGAGUCCACAUAGCUAUGCCAGCAUCAAGUUCUAGAACUGUGGGAGAUGGUCCGGGGAGGAGACCCGGGCACUGGUCAGGGAAGAGAGGAAAAGAGGAGAAAAAGUUUCCAGCUCAGCUCCGGCACGCAAGGGCCCUGCGGCCACCAAGUCCCUUGUAGGCUGCUCUGCUGCCCUUGCCGGCUGUCACUUCCAGCUAGGAAACCCUCGGGAAGAGAUUCUCCCCAGAAAUUAGACUCUUAGAGAAAGUUCUAGACCCCCUCUCUGCCCCAACCCCCCAAAACCAAACAAACAAGACCCCCAAACCUUACAAAGUGUGGGCCCUCUCAGCCGAAACCCCCUGAUCUAUCCCCCUGAGGAAUUCCUACAGAAUCGGUCUCAAGCUAGCUGUGGCCAAACCAUGGACGAAGAUCCCCACCCCAGUUUGGACAGUCUGUCCCCUCACAGGCUGGCAGCUGACACUAGAUGUCACUGUGUCCUCUGAGCCCAAGAGCUAUCCUCACUCAACUUUUCCAAGUCAGAGAGGAACUCCGAGAACUCCAGCUCAAAAUCGAUGGGAGCACCAGGCAUCUCGUCAGAGCCCCCCCAGCCACCUGCCCCCCGAGUCCUCCUCGGGUGCCAGUCAGGCUCACCUGACCCUUCUCGGGGCCUGGCCGAGCUGACCAAGUCCUUGCUUCCUAGAGCACAGCCCAGCCACAUCCUGUGGACCCAACCUCCCCAUUAAAGGUGCUCUGCACCCUGACUGUCUCGGCUCAGUGGAUUUCCCCACCCCAAGCAGUGGGCGAGGGUGAGUGAGGAGACUGAAUGAAGGAACCCGCCUCCUCCGCGUCCCAUGGCCCACUGUCCCCGGCUGCAGUCUGGUUUGCAAACGAACGGAUUUAUUGUCAACGGAACAGCUUGUGGGAAGCCAGCACUCACGGAGGGAGGGGCUAUGAACAGUGGGUAUCUGGGCUGUGUGUGGGGCCCGGGUCAGUGCUCCCAGAACAGCUCUGGCCACCCCUGGGGCCUGGGCCUUCAGCGGCAGGGUCUGGGCAGCUGGCAGAGGUCAGAGGGCCUGCCGGGGCCUGAGAGCGCGGCUCGCUCUGGCUCAUCUGCAGCAGGCCAGUGAGGGCGAUCAUCUCUGCUUCGCUGAGCCAGGCGGAGGAGCAGGCCUGGGAUGGCGAGGGACGCACCGAGGAGGACACGAUGGGAGGUGGGAGCAGCAGCCUCCGAGCGCCCACUGCCUGAGGACACGGGAAGGGAAAGCUGUCCCCCCAGGCCUCGCGGAGGAAGGGGGGGAGAGUGGAAGGGGCGCACUCUUCUUACCUGCUGAGGGGGCUUGGACAGGUAGAGGGGAACGCGCUGCCCACAGGGCAGCAGAGGGUCCAAGAGAAAGACAUCAUCAUAGCUCGUCACCGGGAGCCCUGAGGAGGAGAGCCCGCUGGCUUGGCGGCCUCGGCCCCCCAUCCCAGCCCUCACCGCACCAGCUUCCCGACUGAGCCGAGGCGCCUCCCACGGUACCUGCAUCCCUGGCCACCCGCUCUUCUUCUGGAUGCCCCGAGGUAGGGAUGCGACCCCAGGCGUCAUACAUAGGCCAGGAAGGAUGACACAGAGUCCUGCUGGACAAAGACACGCCCGACCCACAGCCGGGCCCCUGUGGGAGCAGGAGGUGACUGAGCUCCAUCUCCUAUGGCACCUCCUGCUCCCCGGAGACAGAGCCCCACGUCCCCCAACUCACCACCAGCUGAGGUCUGGCCUUGGCCUCGUGGCUGGGAUCCCAGAGUGGCAGCGGGGUCAUCCUCGAGGGGGUGACCUGGGCGGUCACCUGGGGAGAAAGAGGUCCUACAAGGAGAGGGGGACGAGAUUGGAGCCGGCUCUGCAUCCCCGGGGCCCCGUGGGUAAAAACAGCGAGACCUGGUGCCUACCUGGGGCUGCUUCUUCGGCGGCGGCCUGCUCGGGGGCCAGGUGACCGGAGGGCGGCGACGGCCUUGCUCCGGCCUCAGAUGGGCUGAGCGCCCGGGGCUGUGGGCUGCUGCGUGGAGGGAAGGACAUGCUCUUCCACGCGGCCCUUCCCAGGGCUGGCCGGGGUCAGGGCCAGCACCCCAGGCCCAGGGCGCCUCCUAGCGGCCGCACCACGCCUCACCUGCCCUGCGCAGGCAGGCCGGGCUCUUCCGUGGUUUCCUCUCCAGAGCUCCCGUCUCCGCCGCCGCCGCUGCCGUGGUCACCGGCUGUGGAGGGGCCUGGCUCCCCCGCCGCCUCCCCCCGGCCUGUGCCCCACGGCCCGAGCCAGGGCAGCAUCGUGCGUGGUGGGGCGCAGGCACCCCUCGGCUGGCCCGCCCGCCUGUCCGCCCGCCCGCCCGCGGCCCGACUACAUGGGCGCCCACGUCUAGUCGACCCGAGGCCUCGCCACGACGCCUGCGCCAGAGCGCCCACAGCCACGUGGUGCGCUCCCGCCAGCUUCUCGAGGGCGCCCCCUGGCGGCGGAGCCUUGGGGCACUUGUGCCCGGGCAGCCCUCUGCCCCGCACGGAAGCAGGGCCCAGGCCGCCGCAGAGGACCCAGGUCCUCAAGACGCUCGCGCACGCACGCUCGCGCACGCACGCACAGACAGGCACACACCUGAGGGCCGAGCUGCAGGCCUUGGGGCUUUUCUUUAUUGGGUUCGCACACCACUCUUCACCCAGACCCGGGGUGCACCCCGCAGCCUAAGGGCGGGGUACCCAAGCCCCUGCUACACGCAGGGCCGUGGUCACCAAGUCCUUGUUCACUGGCAAGGCCAGGUGUCGUGUUCCCAGGACAGGUCCGGCGUGGCUGGGCCAAGCGCCCCCACCUCUACCCUAAGGCUGUUCCAGAAGUGCGUGGAGGACAGCAGCGAUGUGAGGGAGGCCCCUUCCAGGGGCCCCCUCCUCGUCCAGGAUGUGGUGGGGCUGGCACAGGGACUCCUGGGGGAGGGGCCAGGUUAAGUCUCCCCUGGCCUUCCCCAAGCAAGGUGGGCGGGGUGGGGCGCUCCUGGUAGACACUGCCCCAUGCCUGGGCAGACGGCACACGGAAGCUGUCAGCACAUGACGGAAGCGGGACACAGAAGGCUCAGGGCAGGAGAGGCCUGGCAUCUCCAACGGCACCGCCGGGACAGGCAGGCUGACGGACACGGGGCCCAGGCAGGCAGGGCCCGGCGGCGGCGGCGGCGGCGGCUCACACGAGACACAGACGUGACGGUCUAUACAGUUUAUACACAGAACCAGGGGCCACGAUGGGCCCGCACCCUACAAAUAUAGAGUUCUCUCUACAAAACAGAGAAAAUUUAGCUCCCCCUAGCAGCCAGCAGGGGGAGGGAGGGAGGAGGAAAGGACCCCAGGUCUGUCGCCCUCUGGGGGACAGGGCUGGUGGGGACAUGAAGGCACCGUCAGCACUAGAGGGUAAGGGCUACUGUGGGCACUGGGGGGCUUCUGAGGUCAGUGUUUGUGAGGGUGCACUAGUGUCUUUGGUAGGGCUGAAGGCACUGGGGGGCACGGGUGACUAGGAGGACUAUAAAUAGAAGGUGGGGAAGGAAGGGACAGCGUGGGUCCUAGGAGCCCAGGAGCCGAGUGUAGACGACAUAGAGCAGCAGCAUGGAGACCACGUAGAAGAGGAGGAAGCCACCCAGACUGGAGGAGGGCGGGACUGGGAGGGGGGCCUUGCCCCCCACCAGGAUCACAGCCCCCAGUAUGGUCCGCAGCCCCUGGGUGGUGCCCCGGAGGAGAUCCGAGGGCGAGCACAGGUCAGCCUGGGAGGGAGGGCAGGGCAGAUGGACAAGGACAAAUGACAGGUGUUAGCAGCAUCAAGCCACAGACCUUCCCACCCUCGCCCCCGCACACCAGGAGCACAGCCAGAGCCAUGCGGACAUGCGGACAUGCACACAUGCACACAUGCAGGACGGACAGGGAGCCAGGAGGCGGGCGGGCGGGCAGGAGCUGUGAGGGUGGGCCCGGGACACAUGCUUCGGGAGAACUAGAUCCCCUGUGGAUGGAACUCCACCCGCGUGCACGGUAUUCAGCUGAGCCCCAGAGCAAAGAGCACCCCCAUACCUCAGGCACACCCAUUUUUCGACAGGCUUCUAAGAAACUCUCCACGUUCUUCCGAGACUUGAGGGCACUGAGCUUUGGCUGAAGGUGGGGGAAUGGAAGAGUUUGGAAAGGCAAAGCCACGCACCCGUCCCGUGCCCUCCUCCUCCUCCUCCGGGCUCCCACUGACCACAGCAGGUGAGGGCACAUGAAUGAAGGGGACAGAGCGGGGCCGCAGCUGGUUGGCUAGCUGGCAGAGGAUGACCCCGUUGGCGAGGGCCUCUGCCAGGUCCUCAGGCAGGGGCUGCUGCAGCCGGGACUCCAGGAUCUGGAGGCGGAGACAGGAGGAGCAGGUGAGUCAGCGGGACUCACUCCAUGCCUUCCCCUCCUCAACAACAGUGCUGGGACAGGAAAGAGAAGUUGGGGGCUGUGUGCACAGGUCCUGAGGGAAGAAAGGGGAAGGAGGUCCAUGCUGGGUCAGGCCUCUGCCUACCCACAUCUCUUUGCUCUGCUCACCUGGCGAAGUUGGGACAUUAGCUCCUUCUCGUCCAGAGUCUGAGGAAACGGCCGCGAUCUCACAACGGACUCUGGAGAGGAAGGGCCUGGGGAGCAGGGAGGACAGGGAUAGCUCUGCCUCACGGUGGACUUUGGAGGCAGUUCCCACAGUCUCAUACCAGCACCGCCUCCUGCUGUGGGAUUUUCCACGGAAAGGGACAAGACCCUGAGAGACUCAAGCCCCAAGCGACAGGAGUCCUGAGGUUAGUGCCAGAACGGCAGACACUCACCAGAGCCGCUCUGAGAGGAUGAACGGAAGAGGAAGCUGUUUGGUCUCUGAAUGGAGCCCAGCGGCCUGGGAACAGGAGCUGUCACUGGGGAAGCCAGGGACAGCAAGAGACACCCCCUCAGUGGCCCACUCUUCCUCCUUCAGGCCUGUGUCCCAAGCAACCCCAAGCCACCUUCUAAAACACUGUCCUACCUGGUCCAGAUACAGGAAUGGAGUCCUGGGAGACGGGGGGCGGUGUGGGAGCUCCCUGCCCCCCUGAAACUCCUAGCUGGGUAGCACUGGACUUCGGUGGGCCACUGAAGAAAAAGAAGGGACUCAGAGAGGGCCACGAAGGCGGCGUAGGGAGACGGGUCACGGGAGGACACCUACUUGGAGGCGGCCUGCGCGGCCGAGGACGAGGCGCCCGCGGCUCUGAUCCCCCGCUUAAGGACACUGCAAGAAGCGGAGCAGGCGUGAGCUCCGGGCAGGCCACACGUUCAGAACACAAGCCUGAGGGGUCGCCUCUGCCCGCGGUCCAGCAGCCCCAGGCCCUCCCGCCCUCCCCUGUCCCGGGGGGGGGGGGGAUCCCCACCCCCCACUCUGCUGCUGCUGCUGCUGCCUCCGCUCGCGCUCCUGCCACAGCUGCAAAGUGUCUGGGCGCCGCCUCUCCUCCCCUGCAGGCUCCUCCCGCCUGCGGAAGACAGCCCGAGAGACCUCUGUCAGGUGGAGGGGGUCCCCAGGACUGUUGGGCACAGGGCAGAGGUGUGGGCGUGGGGCUCAAGUACCUGCUGCCCCAUGUCUUCUCCACAUCUGCCACAAGGCUCAACUCAGCAGGCAGCUGCUCCUGAGGACAGAGCAGCAGAGGCUGAGGACGGCCUGGUCCCCCGGCCUGCCCUGGUGUCCCCAUGGGGUACCCUUCCCCUGGACAAGGGACAUCACGGGCCCUCACCUCAGCUGCACCCCGCUCUUCCUCUUCCCCAGGAACAUGGUUGUCAAUAAAGUCAAUCUGCUCCGGG